AGGUGUACUCAUUACGGACCAUGUCGAAAACGGCGCAACGCAGUGGGAGGAACUAUUCAUGCGCACAGAGUUCUUCAAGCGAUACAAACACUACAUUAGGAUAGACGCCAUAGCCAGCAAUGAAGUGGACCACCACCUGUGGGAGGGUCUAAUAGAAGCCAGGAUACGCGUGUUCGUAUCCUCUCUCGAGCGCGUGGGUGAAAUCAGCGACGCCUGCCCUUUACCGGAAGGGUUCUUCCUCAAAUCAAGGACGUCUGCACCGGUUGAAGGGGACGAGAAUGCCGAAACAGGCGCAGAGGAGGUGGUGUACCGAACAGUGUACUUUAUUGGCGUAGAGUUCCAUAAGAGACCGCCGCAGCAAAUGGGCCUCAAACGGCGCGUGGAUCUGGCGUUGGUGGAACGAGAUUUCUGGGCCAAGAUGAGCAAUUGGGACAAAUUCAAUGAUAAAACGAUGACCAUGGAGAUCAAGGCAGUGAAGAGGCGGAACCUGCCCGCGUUCAUCAAUGCAGAUCGGGACUUGACGAAGAGCACGGACAGAAAUUAUGUCGCAAUGGAUAAAUCCGUAAAGCCUGCCAAUAGUAACACAAUCGAAGACGAAGAUGAUGACGAUGAGGAGCCGGAUUUGCCUAUACCUUUCGCUGGGGGUAGUGGUACAACCGCAAAUACAGCGAGCAGCAAUCAAAAUACAGAAGACCCAGACACGAUACCGGAUUCGUGGGAAUCCGAAGCGAAUAUGCACACUCACUUAGACACACACGACGACGCUAUGGAGGUAGACGCCACAGCCGAUGCGAGACAAAUGGAUGAAGACGGCGAUGCAGAUACAAGGUGACAGUAUAAAACAUUUCGAGUACGCAUAUGUAACAGAAGGCGAGUUGGUGCUCGCGUGCAGUUGUUCGUCUCUGCUUUGCUUUAGCCUGUGAUUGUGCACCUCCGAGAGGUGGCCAUGCGGGCGCGCACGCGACAGGACGAGGCUGGGCUGUUAUGAAUAUAUAUGCCCCAAUUGUAGAAAUAAAGGGACUGUCUGACCCAUUUUAUUGUCCUGGAGUGAGGCUUUUCGGCCAGUAUAUGGCACUCUGAAG